AUGGCGCAAACGACGCCACCACCCAGGGCGACGGUUCCUCUGAGGAUCCUCAUUGUCGGCGCGGGCGUCGCCGGCCCCGCGACCGCAUUCUGGCUCUCGCGGCUGGGACACGACUGCACCAUCGUCGAGCGCUAUCCCGGCCUUCGCGUCAACGGUUUGCAAAUCGACGUGCACGAUGCGGGCGCAGAGGCGGCCGAUCGCAUGGGCGUCCUGAGCGAGAUUCGGCGCCGCCGCGUCGAGGAAGAGGGGACCAAGUUCGUCGACGUCGAGGACCGCGUGCAGGCCGUGUUUGGGCGCCACGACGGCAAGAAGCAGGCACUAACGAGCGAAUAUGAGAUUAUGCGCGGCGACCUGUGCAAGCUGCUCUACGAGAGAACGGAGGAGAAAGUAAAGUACAGGUUCGGCGUGUCCGUCGACGACUUUCAGAACGGCACAGACGGUGUCACGGUUACACUAUCCGACGGCACGGUCGAGAGGUACGACCUACUCGUUGGAGCCGACGGACAGGGCUCUCGGGUGCGCAGGAUGAUGCUGCACCAAAAGGCGGAAGCCUCGUACAGACGCCUCAACGCCUUCUGCUGCUACUUCACCAUGCCGCGCCGGCCCGAGGACAAGGACAACAUGGCGACGAUUUGCCACGUGCCGGGCCAGCGAUUCAUCAUGACGCGGUGGCACACGCAGGCACGGGGCCAGACAUAUCUCUUCGCCAUGAGCCACACCGAGGAGCUACGCGAAGCCCUCAAGAAGGACGUGGAGACGGAGAGGCAAGCCUUCACGCGGGCAUUCGCCGACGCGGGAUGGAAGGUGCCGCGGCUCCUCGAGGACAUGCAGACGGCCGAGGACUUUUACGGCCAGGAGCUGGUGCAGGUGGUAUGUCCAAACUGGUCGCUCGGCCGGGUCGUGCUGGUGGGCGACGCCGGGUACGCGCCAUCGCCGUUUACGGGCAUGGGCACCAGCCUCGCCUUCAUCGGAGCCUACGUGCUGGCGGGCGAGAUCGCGAGCCACCCAGGAGACCUGCCCGCGGCCUUUGCGGGCUACGACAAGACGCUGCGGCCGAUGGUGGAGAAGACGCAGAAGCUGCCGCCCGGCUUCCCGGGGGCGGCCUUCCAGGAGACGGGGCUCAAGGUCGGGGUGCUGCACUGGACGGUGUGGCUGCUCAGCGGCAUGUUUCAGCUGGCGCUGAUGCUGAGGCUCCCCGAGGCCAUGUCGGCGAUUGGCAAGUGGUUCCCGGGCAAGGCGUGGGCGCUGCCCGUGUACGACGAGCUGGAGGCGGUGCGGCCCAAGAACCCGUACCCGAUAUGA